AUGUCUGAAGGAUAUGAUGAAGUAUACGAUGUCAUCAUCGUUGGUGCUGGACCCUGUGGUCUCUCCACGGCUUCCCGACUCCGCGAGCACACUCCGGCUGCCCUCUUCACCGACGAAGAGCACCGCCGUUUCCAUUGGAUCGGAAAAUACGGCAAGCAUGUCAAUCUCAAGCAUGUGAAAAGUGGGAAAAUAUCGCAAACCAGUUCCUCUCGACCCGAGUACAAGAUGCUCGUCUUGGACGCUACGGAUAACAAGUGGUUAGGCCGAUGGAAUCAUCUCUUCAAGAUGUAUGAUAUUUCGCAUUUGCGCAGCCCGAUGCUAUGGCAUGUGGAUCCCCUUGAUAGAGAUGCGCUUCUAGCACACGCAUACGCUCAUCAGCGAGAGGAUGAGCUGGUCGAGAUCCGCAACUGUGUCGGCAAGGAGAUUAGCAAACACGGGAGCAAAAAGAUGGCCAAGGGCCGCGUAUGUGGUGGCAAACAAGAAGCAAGGAUUUCCAUCAACCUCAGAGAACGAAAUGAUUACUAUACACCAUCUCAAUCCCUCUUUCGCGACCAUUGUGAGCAUGUGGCAGGACGAUACAACCUUGGAGAGCAGCUCAUCCGCAAGGAGACACUGCAAGACAUCGACUACGGUGAAGUUAGGGGUGUUUCCGUAGACGGCACAAAGCUCUUUACUGUCACUACAGAUGCAACUCGACACUACUAUGCCAAAACCGUUGUCCUCGCCGUCGGGCCAGCCAAUACCCCUAAGAUCCCACCUCUCCCGUCUGCUCCUCUCACAGCGAGCGGCUUGCCUCCUCAAGCAUGCCACAGUAUGCAAAUCAAAGAAUUUCCCGACCCCCUUGUCAAAUCACGCAUCGCCGCCGGUAUCCCUACCAAUGUUCUCAUCAUUGGCGGCGGCCUUACUUCCGCACAGCUCGCCGUGCUUGCCCUGAAAAGGGGUGUCACCAAAAUAUGGCACCUCAUGCGCGGCCCUCUUCGCAUCAAACAUUUCGACGUCGAUCUUUCAUGGAUGGGCAAAUACAAAAACGCGGAGCAAGCACGGUUUUGGACCGCAGAUUCAGAUCUUGAACGCCUCGAAAUUAUAAAGGAGGCCCGAGGUGGUGGUAGUCUCACGCCUCUUUAUUACAAGAAAGUGAAAAAAUACAUUGCAUCCGGCAAUAUCGAACUUCGCACUCACACAACACUAGUGGACGCUGAGAUGAAGGAUAUAGACGGAUCUAGUUUCUGGUCCAUCAAGACGGAGCCGCCUAUUGCGGGAUUGCCCCUCUUUGACUACAUAUACUUCGCUACAGGAAUCCAAACGGACUUUACUAGCCUGCCAUAUCUGCAAACCAUGUUACAAAAGUAUCCCAUUCAUGGGCAUGGCGGAUUCCCUUGCAUAAAUGAGGACCUUAUGUGGAAAGAUGGUGUUCCCCUAUUCUUAGCCGGACGGCUGGGUGCUCUACAGCUUGGGCCAGCAGCCCCGAAUAUUGGCGGGGCUAAAGUUGCUGCAGAGAGAGUGGCGUGGGCCAUUGAAGAUAUAAUUAAGCUGGAUGGGUUGCAGGAAGGCCAUGAGCAUAGCAAUGGGCUCGUGAGUUAUCUCUCAGGCCACGGAAAUAUGUACAGCAUUCUACAGGAGUCAAAUUAG